AUGGAGGAACCGGCGCCGCCCGCGGAUGCGGAGCCUUCAGCACGCACCGGAGAGGGGGAAGCCGCGGCCGAGUCCUGGAACGAAAGCGGCCCGGAGCAGAACAGAGCCGGCAGCCCCGCGGACUCCGACGGCCGCGGCGAGUCCUCGGGGAGCGCAGAGAACGGCUCCGUGCCCGCGGCGCCCAGGAAGCGCGGGCGGAAGUCCAAGGCGGAGCUGCUGGUGCUGAAGCUGUCCCAGGACCUGCAGUGCCCGGCCCCCGAGCCCCUCUGCGUGCAGAAGGUGCUGGAGGGCAGCGAGGCCUCGGAGGGCCUGGAGGCCGCCCCCGGCAGGCGCCCGAAGCGGCGGGCAGCCAAAGUGGCGUUGCUUUACCUUCAGGAGCUGGCGGAGGAGCUGACAUCUGCCUACCAGCCCCCAGCUCCCAACGAGGGUGCCCAGGAGCCAGAGCCUGAGCGUGUCCAGAAGAAGCGUCGGAGAAAAAAGGAGGAGGAAACUGACAGCGAUGAUCCUGCACAAGACGCUGACUUUGUGCCCUCAAAGGAGGUGUUGCUGCAGGCCGAGGAGGAGGAAGGGAGCGAUGCUCCGCUCAGCGAGGUGUCAGAGUCAGAGCUGGAGCCAGUGCGGCGGCACAGCGUGAAAACAUCAUCGGCAGGGAGGUCCAAGCCCCAGUGCCGAGGCCUUGCUCCCAACGGCUUCCCCAACUCCGUCAUGGCCCCGGUGGAGAAGAGCUCCAUCAUCACCUGCAGCCUGCGGGAGCAGAAGUACUCUCAGUGGGAGUUCCCUGACUGGAUCCCUCUGGUGCACAAGUGGACGUGUCUCUCCGAAAGUGAAGCUGCCCCAUACCUGCCAGCAGAGGAGAAGUCUCCCCUCUUCACUAUCCAGCGGGAGGGCAUCGAAGACAACGGUGCUUUGUACAGGCUGAACAGGUUCAACUCCCUGCAGCCCCACGAGGAGCGCCUGGACGUGUCGUUCUUUGUGGGCGGCCCCGUGUGGGCGAUGGAGUGGUGCCCAACCCCGGAGGGCUCAGCGGCCGCCCAGUACGUGUGUCUGUACUGCCACAGGAGCAUGGAUGAGACGCACAGCGUGGCGGGGCUUCACAGGGGCCUGGCACUGCUGCAGCUCUGGAGCCUGGGCACGCUGCAGCAGGAGGGCUCUGCCGACAAAGCUGGGCUGGCCUACGCUGUUGCUACCGACCACGGCUGCGUCUGGGACAUGAAGUUCUGCCCCAGCGGUGCCUGGGAGCCGCCCAGCACCUCCCGGAAGCACCCUCAGAUGAGCCGGCUGGGCCUCCUGGCUGUGGCCUUCUCGGACGGCAGUGUGGUGCUGUACGCCCUCCCGCACCCCGGCGCCCUGCAGAGCUGCAAGAGAACCCAGGUAAAAGAUGGGUCCCUCCCCAAGCACGUUAUCUGCAAGGUGCAGUGUACCACCACGCUCCAGGUGGGCUCUAUCCAGGCGGGGAGCCCAUCAGAAAGUGGCCAGUGCUUCAGCCUCUCCUGGAUGCCAUCCAAGCCCCACCAUCACCUUGCAGCUGGUUUUUAUGAUGGCACUGUGGCCAUCUGGAACCUGCUCACCAAGUCCCUGCUGCAGCGUGUGUGCCAGCCCGACGGCUCCCUCAAGCUCUACCCCUUCCAGAGCUUCCUAGCCCACGACCAUGCUGUGCGGAGCAUCGAGUGGUGCAAAGCCAACAGCAACUUCCUGGUCACGGCAGGGAAUGAUCGGAAGAUCAAGUUCUGGGACCUGCGGCGGCUCUACGAGCCCAUCAACAGCAUCAAGCGGUUCCUCAGCACCGAGGUGGCCUGGUUGCUGCCCUACAAUGGGGUUACCGUGGCCCAGGACAACUGCUAUGCCUCUUACGGUCUCUGUGGGAUCCACUACAUUGACGCCGGGUACCUGGGCUUCAAGGCUUAUUUUGUGGCCCCUCGCAAGGGGACUGUGUGGAGCAUAUCUGGCUCGGACUGGCUGAACACGGUGGCUGCCGGAGACAUCACCGGCGAGCUGGUAGCUGCGGUGCUGCCUGACCUGGCCAUCAAUCCCCUCAACGUCAAGCGCUCGUCGGACCGCAGAUUUCCAGUCUACAAAGCUGAUCUGCUGCCCUGCGGCCCCACAGGACCAGAGAAUGGCGAGCAGGCACUGCCAAAGACCAGGCUCUACAGCGAGAUGGUGGCGAAGGCCUACAUUCGGUUUCGGGACACGGACCUGCGCAGCUUCAAGAACUUCUCGAGCCGGGAGCCCAUGCGCAGGAUGCAUGCACAAGAGGUGAAGGCAGAGCUGAGCCUCGACCGCCUGCAGCUGGAGUCCCUGCACAAGGUGCGCUUCAGCCCCAACCUGGACUCACACGGCUGGCUGGUGUCAGGCGGGCAGGCUGGCAUCGUGCGGGCGCACUGCAUGGCAGGGCUGGCAUCUGGCACAGACCAGCAUCUGCUGCCGCAGUGCCGUGCCCGCUUCAGCUCGCUGUACGGGGCCGAGCCGUGCAGCCCCGGCCCCGCCACACCCUCCCCGCUGCCAGCCGAGUAGCGGGGGGCCCCUCACCGCCGCCACCUGCAUUCGCCCGCAGCAGCAGCUCGGGUGUCUGCGCUGCUGGGUGCCAGGGGCUGUGUGCCCCUCUUGGUGCUUCUUACCCGGGGCCUGCCCUGGGGAGGGAUGGUUGCUCCUGGCU